AUGACGACCGACAACCGGGGCCCCGUUCUCUUCGUGCUCAUCGAUGGCCUCGCAGACUGGUCCAUCGAGAUGGACAAGUACCUCCCUGGCGCCGGCGUGGCAACGCCACUGGCGGCUGCGCGAACGCCAGCCAUGGACGCGAUCGCGGCUGGCGGCUUGAGCGGCCUCAUGGACCCUGUCGAGCCUGGCCUCGCCUGCGGCAGCGACACGGCGCACAU